CAAACAAUUCUUCAAGUAGGACAGUGAUCUGCUAAUUUUCUGAUUAAAUUAUUGUGUUUUAUUUUGAAUUUCUAAAGGAAUUUUCUUAAUAAAUAAUUAAACUAUGUAAAGUGAAUUAGGCAGGGUGAACUCUCUAAUCGUUGUAGCGAAUGAAGGGCAUAGUUGUGACGAAAAUAAUGCUAGAAGAUGAUGAGAUUGAAUGGCAAUUCGGACUCAUUAUCGCAAUUUAAACUUCAUUCUCCGUCACCCACAUCUGUGAGAAGAAUGUUUAUCGCAACAAUUUAAAUCUCUUGUUGUCACUAUAAAAGUCUCUCCCAUCAACAACCUCAUGGGAGAUAAACAGCACCCACCAUUUCACGGAAAUUUGAUAAAAUUUUGAGAUCAACACUGAUUUAGCAGUCUCACACGGAACUCCCGAGCAGUUCCUCGCAAGACGUUGAAUUGAAAAGUUUCUUAAAAUUAAGAAGAAAAAAAGUGAUAAACAUUUCCCUUAUAAAUGGGUGAUUCAGAGGCUGGCAACGAUACAAGUAAAAGAGAGGACUAGGACGCGUCCUUCUUUAGAGCUUUGUGAUUUAUAUUUAUGUCCUUUUUGUGAUCUGUUCCUGAUUUAUAUACGUCUUGAGAAAUUUUCCGUAAUUGUGCGAGAGAUUCUUACAUAACGUCCAUUGUAUUUUUUUGCACGUCCAACCCUCCUUGGCUAAUACAAACAUUUUAAGUGUGAAUUGUUAAAGAUAAUGAAGACAGUAAAUUUAGUAGUGUCAGAUGCUGAGGAUACAGCACGUCUUAAGAAUGUGGGAUCAACACCAAGACCUUCAUUCCUGCGACGAAGAUCCCUUAUUAAGGAGCGUGAUCAUAAGGUUAAAGCCUGGAUUUUCAGGCGAAUUCACAUCCUAACGUGGAUACGCACGUACAGCACAAAGACAGCAAUAUCAGACUUAAUAGCUGGCAUAACACUCGGGCUCACAAUGAUCCCUCAGGCUAUAGCUUAUGCCGCCCUAGCGAAUGUUCCCUCACAGUAUGGGCUGUAUUCUGCCUUUGCUGGAAGUUUCCUCUACGUCCUGUUCGGCAGUAUCCCCCAAGUCUCUAUUGGACCGACAAAUCUCAUGGCAUUGCUAACCCUUCAAUUCACAAUGGAUAAACCCGUAGAGUUUGUUUUCAUUCUCACCUUCCUCUGUGGCGUUAUAGAGUUCUUAAUGGGAGUGCUAAAGCUGGAAUUUCUCGUGGAAUUCAUCUCAGUGCCAGUCACAACAGCCUUCACCACAGCCACCUCCCUCAUUAUUAUUGCAUCUCAAUUGAAAGGAAUCUUCGGGAUUAGCUACUCAGCAAAAGGAUUUGCAGACUACGUCAUGGGUUUCUUUGAGAGACUCCCACAAGUGAAGCUUGGUGAUAGUCUUCUGGGACUCUUUUGUAUUAUCUUUCUCAUUUGUCUCAGGUUCCUUAACAGUAUCCCUGUGUCUACAAACACAAAAUCCGGGGCUUUUCUUAAGAAAUUCCUGUGGUACGUUAGUAUUUCGAGGAAUGCAAUAACCGUCCUUAUUACCUCAACCAUUGCCUACAAUUGGAUAGCUCAAGCUGAUGAGGUACCUUUCAAAUUAUCCGGAAAUGUUGAACCGGGAAUCCCCACAUUCCAACUACCACCAUUUAGUAUUGACUACAACAACCGUACGCUUAAUAUCCUGGAGAUUUGUUCAGAACUCGGAUCAGGAAUUGUCGUCAUACCCCUUGUGGCUGUUUUAAUGAACGUGGCAAUUGCAAAAUCCUUCACAUCUGGAAGAAUUGUUGAUGCUUCACAGGAAAUGUUAACUCUCGGCGUAGUUAACAUUGUUGGAUCCUGCUUCAAGUCAAUGCCCGCCUGUGGAGCCUUCACACGAUCAGCUGUGAGCCAUGCAAGUGGGGUACAAACCCCAAUGGCAGGACUCUACACGGGCAUCAUCACCGUUCUAGCCCUGAGCUUGCUAACUCCCUACUUUGCAUACAUCCCAAAAGCAACUCUUGCAGCUGUUUUAAUUUGCGCUGUGAUCUUCAUGAUCGACCUUAAGUUAGUGAUGCGAUUUUGGCGGGAAAAUCGACGUGAUUUCUAUGCGUGGUGCGGCUGCCUAAUUGCUUGUCUAGUUCUCGGCGUGGAGAUUGGACUUCUUGUUGGUGUUGCACUCACGUGCUUCCACCUGCUAUCAAUGUGGGCCAGACCGAAGACCUCAGUCAAGGUGGAGGAACUCGAUGGGAAUCAGUACAUCAGGAUAACACCAAAUGCCGGACUCUACUUCCCUGGCGUGGACUACCUACGUGAACGAACAAAUCGUGCAACAGCAGCUGCAGAAUUUCACAUUCCCGUUGUGAUUGACUGCAGUAAAUUCACAGGAUUGGAUUUUACAUCAGCAAAGGGUUUGGGAAAUAUUGCUGGGGACGUGAAUAAGCACAAACAAAUCCUAAUCCUUCAGAACCUCGAAGUUUCCCUGCAGAAGUACAUCGACAUGAAGCAUGAUAUUAUUUUUUGCAACAAAGACAGCAAAUUGCAGGAAAUCCUAACGCAGGAAGGAAUUCGCAAUGGUACCAUUCCACUAAUGCAGCAUAUUAGGGCAUCCAUAGAUUUAGGCUACAAAGUUAAUCCACUUAUUAAGGUGGAGGAGUUCCAGCAAGUACGGAGAGGAAGUCAGGUGGAUGAUGAAGUUUCUGAUAGGAACAAUUAAGUCCUUUUUUUUGUAGGUAAUAAAACAAAUAAAAUAAA